UCCCUCCCUCCACCCGCGACCAUCGCGGCUCUCUCAAGCGACUAGCGCCGAGAGGUAAAUAGAAGCAGGAUCUCAAAAUGGCGGAGCCUCCUAGUCCCGUACGAGGCGCGACGGUGGCGCCGCUACCCCUGCAGGAGCCCUUCCCUUCGAAUCUAGCCGUGGACACCAGGGCCUCUCCGCGCGGAUUCCAGCCGGCUCCCAAGCGCUUGAAGGCAGAAGAGCGCGGCCUCAAAGGCUCGAAGCGCGUUAACGGAGAGGGCGGCGGUAGCAAUAAGAAGCAGCAACAGCCGCCGCCGCCACAACCGCCGCCGCCGCCGCACAUCCCAUUGGCGCCUGCCUCGGUGGGUCACGGGAGCCCCGCCGUGUGGAGCCUCACGGCGUUUUCUUCCGGAGCCUGCGGCGGCAACACCACGGCUGGCGGCGGGUCAUUUGUUUUCCCGCCUCACUUGCCCCACAAGUUGCUCUUGCCGCCGCCCUCUUCUCAUGCCCACCACCGCUUGGCCGUCAGCGCCGAGGGAGGCGGCAGCAAGAGCGGCGGCGGCGGCGGCGGAAGCAGCAACAGCAGCAGCAGCAAGACCAAGAGGCCCAAAGAGAAGCGAGACAAGGAGAAGAGGAAACUCGGGCCCUUGCCGGUGGCGGAAAGAGGGGGAGACGGAGCAGGCGGCGGCGUGGGUCUGAGCGCGACCGGUUGCGAGGAGAACGGCGACGUGAAGAUGUUGCUUCAGCAGCAGCAGCAGCAGCACCAUCGUCACCAUCACCGCCACCACCAGGAAGAUCAGAUCACCAGAGAAAAAAUAUCAGAAAGGGAAAAAGAAAAACAGAAAGAAAAGAAGAAACAUAGAUUAAUGUCAGAAAUCAAGAAAGAGAAUGGAGAAAUGAAAUUAUUUCAGAAAGGUGUGAAGGAAAAACCAAAAAGCAAUACAGAAGACCUGCAGAUUAAAAAAGUAAAGAAGAAAAAGAAAAAGAAACAUAAAGAGUGUGAAAAAAGGAAGCGUCCAAAAAUGUACAGUAAAUCUAUUCAGACCAUCUGCUCAGGACUGCUUUCUGAUAUUGAGGAUCAAGACGCCAAAAGCAUUGUUGAUAAUCAUCUUAAGGAUUUCAAUGGAAAAAAUAUGGAUCCCAAUAAGGAUUCAGAGUCCAAGAUACCAGAGAACAGUGAGUUUCCAAUUGUCUCGUUAAAGGAGCCACGGGUUCAAAAUAAACUUAAAAGGCUGGACAUGUUGGAGUUCAGACAGUUCAUUCAUACUGAGCACCAGCCUAAUGGAGGUGCUUCAGUUAUACAUGCCUACAGUAAUGAACUCUCCCACUUGUCUCCUGUGGAGAUGGAGAGAUUUGCGGAAGAAUUUGUGGGUCUGGUUUUUAGUGAAAAUGAAAACUGUUCAGCUUACUAUGUAAUGGGAAUUGUUCAUGGGGCAGCUACUUACCUACCUGACUUUUUAGACUACUUUUCAUUUAAUUUUCCCAAUUCGCCAGUGAAAAUGGAGAUUUUGGGAAAGAAAGAUAUAGAGACGACGACAAUGUCAAAUUUUCAUGCUCAGGUAAAAAGAACGUAUUCCCAUGGGACAUACAGAGCUGGCCCUAUGAGACAAAUCAGCUUGGUUGGGGCAGUGGAUGAGGAAGUGGGGGACUACUUUCCGGAAUUCCUUGAUAUGCUGGAAGAGUCACCUUUCUUAAAAUGUACAUUGCCAUGGGGAACACUUUCUAGUUUGAAACUAGAGAGUCGAAAAGAUAGUGAUGAUGGUCCCAUCAUGUGGGUGCGUCCUGGAGAACAGAUGAUUCCUGUGGCAGACAUGCCAAAGUCACCUUUCAAAAGGAAGCGAACUACCAAUGAAAUAAAAAACCUGCAGUACCUACCUCGUACUAGUGAACCUCGUGAAAUGCUCUUCGAAGACAGGACACGAGCCCAUGCAGAUCACAUAGGACAAGGGUUUGAACGACAGACUACAGCUGCUGUGGGAGUAUUAAAAGCAGUACAUUGUGGAGAGUGGCCUGAACAACCUCGUAUAACCAAAGAUGUUAUUUGCUUUCACGCAGAAGAUUUUUUAGAGGUAGUUCAACGACUGCAACUGGAUCUGCAUGAACCCCCACUUUCACAGUGCGUCCAGUGGGUUGAUGAUGCAAAACUUAACCAGCUCCGAAGGGAAGGCAUUCGAUAUGCCAGAAUUCAGUUGUAUGAGAAUGAUAUUUAUUUUAUCCCAAGGAAUGUUGUACAUCAAUUUAAGACUGUUUCAGCUGUGUGUAGUUUGGCUUGGCAUGUUCGACUCAAGCUUUAUCAUUCAGAGGGAGAAAAUCAAACCAUUGGUGACAAAGACCCACCAACAAAUCCUGCAUCUUCUGUAAUAGGACUUCAGAUUGAUAAUAUAAUCCAUACUGCAAACACAAAUGCCACUGAAGACACCAAAUUUGUAGACAGCAUGCAGACUAAACUUGUGAAACAGGAUUUUUCCGAUACACUACAUGAACCUGUGACAUCUCUCCAAAUUAAACAAGAACAGAUUACUAUUAAUCUUCCUCAAAAGACAGUGAUACCCAAUGCUAUGGAAUAUCGGGAUAUUAAAGCAAAGCUGGAUCAUGGUCAGUUGGCAGGAUCUAAGUUUGAAAUGGACUCUGAAUUUGAAGCUGAUGACAAAGACUUACAGGACAGCUUGUGCCCAGGAGGUUAUGUGAACCUAGAGGACACAAGACAGAGCAGUUCAGCAUAUCCAAGUCUGCAUGGCAAAGAAGAUGACUUUUUGUGUUAAAGUUGUUGUAUGUAUGUUUUUAAAUUCUUUAUAAACAUAAUGAUGUAAUAAUGUAAAGAUGCUUAAAUUUCGUGAGGCAGGUUUACCACUUGUCCUCACAUCUGUUACAAAAAAUAGUUUAUGUAGCUUUGUAACAUUCCUCAGUGCCUGUCCAUAACUGUGAAAGUAUCAAAGCACUUAGGGCCAGAUGCACUGUAAACACUGCAGGUGUAACAUAAAGAAGUCUUUAAAUAUGAGUUGUAGGUUUUAGAAUAGAGCUGACAUUUAACAUAUAUUUUUUGUAAGAUAAGCCAGAAUUCUUUUUGACAAUUCCAGGCUUUUCCAUAGAGCUUAUUUAUACUGAUUUUUUUUCUUUUAAAUGUGUCAGCACUGUAGUGUAAAUAGCUUUUUUAAAAAAACAAAUCUUUUUAGUGUGAUUUAUAUUGAAAUGUGAGCCACCUAAUAAAAGGUUCAUAAUAAGAAUAGUGGGUUUUAUUUUUGGGUUCCUUAAAAGUCAUAAGUUCAUUUUUAAUGCAAAAAGGCAAAAAAUAUCUUGUGGGGGGGAAAGUUAAUAUUCUUAUGACAUAAUAAAAUGCUUGGCUGCGUUAUUAUGUUGUUAUGUGCUGUUAAGUUGCUUUCAACUUAUGGUGAUGUUACAAAUCAGUGAUCUCCAAAAGGCCCUUUCAUUAAUAGCCCCACCCAGGUUUUACACACUCAAGACUGUGGCUUUCUUUAUUGAGUAAAUCCAUCUCAUAUUUGGUCUUCCUCUUUUCCUACUGUCUUCCACUUUUCCUAGCAUUACUGUCUUUUAGUGUUGCCUUAUGAUAUUUCCAAAGUAUAAUAAGCUUAGUUUAGUCAUUUUAUUGACAUUUGACACAAUCUUCUGUUUACUUUUCACAAAAUCUCACUUUUCAGGUGAAUUGGAAAAAGUUGUUCUUGUGGCUAAACAUGUAGUAAAACUCUUUUUCUGCUUGCAUUGACUUUGCUCAUAAUGCUUGUGCCAUGAUAAAUGAGACUGGCAAUUAUCAGUUAUAGGGUGUUUUUUUUAAAAAAAUAAAUCACCUCGUAUGUGUGCUAAAUCUGGGGAGCCUUUUCCUGUCCAUGUAACCUGUGAGAAUAUCUCACUGGCACAUAUAGUUUGUUGUGACUCGAGUCCAAUUAUUUUCAAAAUGACAUACUUUGUGCUUAUGUUAAGCAGAUCUAGCUCAUGGAGUACAUAAUGCCUUGCUUUAUAGCUUUUCCCUAACUCAGAUCCUCCAGGUGUUUAGGGCUAUCUGUCACCUUUGGACAUCAUGGCAGGUCAGGAUGCUGGGAGUAAUAGGCUUGACACACCUGAAAGGUGUCAUGCUGGGGAUGUCUGCACAGUUAUUUUGUUGCCCUGCAUGAUAACUGGAAAACCUGUUUCUGUCCAGAUGCUGAUGACCUAUUACUCCUAUCAUCCCUCACUGCUACAGAUUCCUUGGUCUGGUGCUAUACAGAGAGAACUGACAAGCAGUAAGAUAAAGUUUUAAAAAUAACAAAAACAUUAUUUGGAAUGAUGCUGUAGAAAAAAUAUUUCUAAUCACUGGGUAUAUUUUAAAGCUUUGUUUUGCAUCCUGAAACCUCUGUGUCAGUGAAGAAAACAAAUAGGAAUCCAAGGAUGAGGGACAGCUGGAGUGGCCCACGUGGUAUAUCAUGGAACCCAAACAGGUUUGGUUUUUAAUGGUUGGAUUCACACUCAGUCGUACUUAGAAAUAAAUGGAGUUGCAUUAGUCAUGACUAAUUGAUUUCAUCAGGCUUCUCAAAGUAUAAGUAAAUCCAGAUCCACCCUAUAGUUUCCUGCCUACACCAACAUGCAUAGUUUUGGACUUUUCAUUAUGGAGCCCAGAGGUCAUGAAGGCCAGAAGUACAGUCAGAAGUAUACUCUUGGAACUUUGAAGAGAAGCAAAAUUUGAUGCAGUAAUUACCAUAUGCUUUUAACAAUUUGGAAACUAAACCUGCUAGAAGCACUCCCUCCCCCAACUGAAUGCAAGAGUCAGAAGCUUUGUGUAGAAGGGCAUAAUUGGCCAUUGUGCCCGUGAUGCCAAGUCAAAUAGUUUAUUUGCAGCACAUAGAUCUUGAGAUGGCUUCCUUGACAGAUGUUGUCUUAUUGAAGUCGGCCAGCCUCUGGGAAAGCAUCGCCACUGCUGCUGGAGCUGCUAGCUUCAUAGGGUUUAAAACAAGUGAACAUACACAUUGGCCAGCCACAUUGUACUGUAACUCUAAUGUUAACACAAAACUGAUGGUCUUAAUAUUAAAUGUUUCAGAGUUUGUUAAUAAAUAGAAAUAAACACAAACUAUCAUGCUGCCCUUUCAGUUUUAGCAAUAUAACUCUACAGGCUAAAUGAUGUUAAGAUAAAAUAUGAUGUAACCAAUGUCUCUUAAUACAAACUAGACUUUUCUGUAUAGUAGAGAGAAGGGGAAUGGACUGAAGAUCAAUAGGAGUGCACCUACUUUGCAUGCAGAAAGUCCCAGUUUCCAUCCUUAGCUUCUCCAAGUGAGCUAGGAAAUACUUUAUUGCAAAUUUUUUGAGUGUUUGUUACACUGAGAUAAAUUGACCAAUUAUUUGCUUUGGUAUAAAUGCACCAUCCAUUAUAGCCUUUGAUGUAUUAUGCCACUUCACAAUGCAAACAGGGAAGUCAGUGUUGGUGAGGUAUUUUAAAUAUACAUUUUUUAAUCUAAGGAAAGCUACCUGAAUGAAAUGAAGAAUUCUUCCUUUCCUUAGUGUUAAUAUCCUAACAUUUUUGUUCAGAGAGGUGUUGACCCAUGAGAGCACUAAAUUGUGUCGUUUUCACCUGUAGUAUGAAGGGCAAUCCUAGAAGCAUUAUCCAAGAUAAAAUAAUUUUUGGUAGAGAUGUUAAAGAGGAUUUGCAAUCAGUAGUGUCAUAGCCUCUCAGCAUUGUUAAUGCCUAUAAAACUUUACUACUUUAUUUGUAUUCCAUAUAGAGCUUAAUAAAUGUCCUAACAAUGACAGGAUUCUUCUUGAAUCCCUAAGAAACUGCUUUUGUGUGGACCUUUUGCACUUCAUGAAGUGACUGGGAAGUCUUUCAGUAGCUUAUCAGCUCAUGGGGCUGGAAACACUAUGACCAUUUUAAAGUACUGUGACCUGUACUUUAAGCUUCCAGGUUUAAGCUGAACUGAGUUGUCACUUGUGUUUUUCAUUUCCAUCUUUUAUUUGCUUCUGGAAUUAUGCUCGACCCUACCUUUCAGCUUGCUAUAAUACUUACCAAGCUCAUAUGUUGGAGGACUGAGCAUGAAGUAAGGAGAGGACAUCCAUGAUGUGUAUUUUGAGCCCCUUGUUCCCCUUUCCUUAGCUUGUCCUUAGCUAUCAAGUGGAAAUUAUUUCAGGCUCUUUAUUUUGCUUCUUUCCAACUAAUAUUUCUAGCCAUUGGCAUUUUACUCUGUAUGCCUUCCCAUCUCCGUUUAAAAUUCAUCCCUUCAUAGGAUAAUUAUUAGAACGUAUAUGGGCUCACCUAAGUUAAACGUCUUUGGAGCUGUAACAGUGAGACACUCUUUUUCUUUUCUUUUUUAACCAUUUUAUAGUAUCCAGUCAGUUAAGCCACGAACAAAGUUUCUGUGAUCUACUCCUUUCAUGUGAAUAGCAAUAUUGUGUGAGCUAUGCACUUGACAAUGUUUAUACUGUAUAAUUAUAUUUCAUCUACAUUUGGUCCCCAAAAAUCUUCCGGACAUAAUCACAGAAAACAUUUUAACUCAGGGUGUAUAUGUGCAUCAAUAUAAAAUUUAAAAAAUGAUCCAGACUGUAAUCCUAUGUAUGCUUAACUCUUAAAUCCCAGUUAGCAUACUGGGUAAAUCUGAGUAAAUCUAAGGAGGGAUAAUGACCAUGAUCAGUUCUUACAAAUAGGAACAUUAUAAUUUUACCUUAUUGAUUUCAGCCAUGCUUCUUUAGCGCUACUGUAGUAAGGGACAACUGUUGGCAAAUCUAGUUGGUACACCAUCAAAACAAAUAAAAUAACAAAUGGCCUAAUGUAACCGACUGUGUUUUC